AUGAGUAUGACUCGCAGCGCUGUCGCGCAAGAUACAUCAUCGCCUAUAAUACCAGGCUCAGAACACCUGCCAAAGCUUUCUGGAGCUUCCACCCAGGCGCUCCAAUCUCCCGUCCCACUCUCAACAUGGAAUACCUCAAAUUUGGGGAUGCGACUCGGCAUCGACGUCGUCAGUGCGGCCUCCGCUGGCGCGUUGACAUGUCCGUUGAUUACAAUAAUUGACCGAGCUAUUAUCGAAAAGGCUUCCAAAGGCUUCCCCAUUCGCGAAACCAUCACGAAGUGCCUCAAAUCCAUGGUCACCAAACCAGCUGGCUUCUUCCUCGGCACGCCUUUCCUCCUCAUUUAUACCCUGUACACGUCGACAUACUUGACUGCAAACGCAAUCGACACCGUGUCUUCCACUCUGCGCAACCAGUCAUACUCGACAGUGACGGCGGGUCCAACGAAAUUCCUCUCCACGACAGCAGUCAAUAUGGCCAUCUGCGUGUACAAAGAUGCGCGAUUCGCAAAGAUCUUCGGCGCCUCACCACCCCCUUCAACGACCCCUUCACAAAAAUCUGGCUCGACCACAACUCCACGUCCAGCCGUUUGCCAUCCCAUGCCCUCUGCAUCCCCUGCAGCGCCCACCAUCCCUAAAGUCUCAUAUUCCUUAUUCUGUCUCCGUGAUAGCGUGACCAUUUUCGCCUCCUUCAACGUUCCCACAUUGAUCGCACCCUCAAUACCGGACUUUAUUGCCGCAACGCCGAGCAUGAAGGCUGCGACGGCCCAAUUCGCGUGUCCGGCUCUGAUGCAGUUCUUCAGCACGCCGAUGCAUCUGCUUGGACUGGAUUUGUACAAUCGGCAGCCGCUAGGUGGUCUGCCCUGGACUGAUCGUCUGGGGCGCAUCCGCCGAGACUAUAUUUCCAGCAGCUUCGCUCGCAUGGGCAAAAUCGUGCCCGCUUACGGGAUUGGAGGUGUUGUCAAUGUUCGGAUGAGAGCGACUUUGAUGGAGCGACUCGAGCAGAAGAUUUGA